GGACAGGUUGGUCAUGGAGAAACAAUAUCGGGGGAACAUGGAGUCCGUCAUUGUUAGCAGACCAUUACCGGAUAAUAACGAGAGAUGCUCCAGUAGUGGAAUACAAGACAGGCAAACAAGUGUCGGCUUGAAUCAGUAUAAGGGAAUUCAUUAUGCAGAUGGAGGGAUUGAAAUGGUUGACGGUAGUGAUGGCAGUGGGCUGGGCAGCAGGUAGACAGCCACACACCAAGGUCCACACAACUGCUCAACUCCUCAGUACCGAGGAGAAUGUAGGUCCCCACCAGCUCGUCGCUACAGAGUUACAUCAUGACCUUAUUAAACUCAUCAAGGGGAAAAGCCUAUCUCAGUUGGGUGAUAUCAUCUCUAAUGAGCAGGCGUUCAGUACACUGCUGGAGAGGUUCUCUGCUCUUAACCAAGCCCUCGAGAAUCUCCAGCAGGCAAUCAGCCUGCUAAAUGCUCAGCUCCAGAAUGCACAAGGUAGAGUGUCAACAUCUUCAGAAGCUCCAGUUACUGAACUUAUGACAACAGAAUAUUUCACAUCUUCAGAAACCCAACUUAGUGAGCUUUUUACAACAAAAGUGCCAACAUCUCCUGAAGCCUCGGUAACUGAGCUUGUAACAACAAAUCUGUCAACAUCUUCAGAAGCCUCCAGAAGAACAGAAGAGCCACUAACUACGCUGCAACCAUGUAACCUUGAAACUCACUUUGAGUGUGAUAAUGGAAGUUGUCUCUCUAGAAACCUGUUGUGUGAUGCUUCGCUUGACUGUCAGGACGGCACUGAUGAGUCCCCGGACUGUAGCACAGGAGAGGUUGUAUGUGAAAAAUCCGAGUUUAAAUGUGUUACAACUAACAUCUGCGUGCCCGCGCUGUGGCGGUGUGACGGAGACCCUGAUUGUGGUGAUUCAAGUGACGAAGAUGGUUGUGAUGAGGUUGUGUGUACAGACAGGCAGUUCAAGUGUGCCAUUAACAACACGUGCAUAAAUCUGGGCUGGAGGUGUGACGGAGAUAAUGACUGUCAGGAUUCAAGUGAUGAAAUUGGCUGUAGCCAGGUUGUGUGUACAGACGGGGAGUUCAAGUGUGCCAUUAACAACAAGUGCAUAAAUCUGGACUGGAGGUGUGAUGGAGAUAAUGACUGUCAGGAUUCAAGUGACGAAAGUGGCUGUAGCCAGGUAUCAUGUACAGAAAAUACGUUUAAGUGUUUAUCAAAAGAUAAAUGCAUACCUCUUUCCUGGAAGUGCGAUGGAACAGGUGAUUGUCCAGAUUCCAGUGAUGAAGUCGGCUGUUCUAAGCCUGUUUGUGGUGAAGAUUAUUUUCAGUGUUUAUCGGACGAGACGUGUGUGCACAAACACUGGCAGUGUGAUGGUGAAGAUGAUUGUAAUGAUGCAAGUGAUGAAUCUGGCUGUAAUGCUACACAGGUUGUGUGUGGCGAAACCGAAUUCCGUUGUUUGUCUCAAGCCGAGUGUAUUCCACAAGUCCGAGUCUGCGAUGGUACCAAUGACUGCCAGGACAAAACUGAUGAAGCGCGGUGUCCCAGUCUGUCUGAUCAAGAAUCUCCCACUGAUCCACUUAAUCAGUCCAUGACUGAUUUCCUUACUGAAUCUUUAACUAAUAUUCUUACCGAAUCUCUAAGAGAUAUGAUUUUAAAAUCUGCGACUGAACUGCCCAUAAAAUCUGUGACCGAUCUGCCUAUUCAGUUUGCAACUGAUCCGCUCACUGAAUCUGUGACAGAUCUACCUGUCGAAUCUGUGACAGAUCUACCUGUCGAAUCUGUGACAGAUCUACCUGUCGAAUCUGUGACAGAUCUACCUGUCGAGUAUGUGACAGACCUACCUAUCGAAUCUGUGACAGACCUACCUAUCGAAUCUGUGAGAGACCUACCAAUCGAAUCUAUGACAGACCUACCUAUCGAAUCUGUGAGAGACCUACCAAUCGAAUCUAUGACAGACCUACCUGUUGAAUCUGUGAGAGACCUACCAAUCGAAUCUAUGACAGACCUACCUAUUGAAUCAGUAACUGACCUGCCUACUGAAUUAUUGACUGACUUGCCCACUAUGUCUGAUACAGCGUUACUCACCGAGCCACCUAAUGAAAUACACAGUGGAUCACUGACAGAAUCUUCAACGAAUCUCGCAUUUGAAAAUCCUAUAUGGGGGCCCAUAAACCGUCCUUCAGUUUUAUUAGCAGCCGAGGCUUAUCCUAAUGUCACCUGUAGAAAAGACCAAUUUAAAUGUUCAUCACAUAACAGAUGUAUAGACAUAAGCUGGAGAUGUGACACUGAAUUUGACUGUCUAGACGGAAGCGAUGAGGCUGACUGUGAGGCAAGUACAGUGUGUAUUAAUGUUGGUAGAAUUAACUGUACAUUGCCGCAGACUACAUGCGCUGCUGAACAGUUCCGCUGCGACACUGGACUGUGUAUCUCGGCCACAUGGCAGUGUGACGGUGAUGAAGACUGCUGGGACGGAUCCGAUGAACAAAACUGCACUGAGAUUAUCUGCGUAGACAAGUUUCAGUGCUUAUCAAGUCGUAAAUGUAUAUCCAAGUUAUGGCAGUGUGACAGAGAUGUCGACUGUGAAGAUGGAAGCGAUGAAGCUGGCUGCCAGUUUGAGUGUCCUCCUGAGGCUUUCUACUGUGUCAACGGUCAAUGUAUCCCAGCCAUGUUUCAGUGUGAUGGCGGCGCUGACUGCGUCGACAGCAGUGAUGAGCACAACUGCACGACUGUGUGUGACGUGAUGGAGUUAAACUGCACAGCUGACAACAGCUGCAUUCCAAAAGAUUUUGCUUGUGACGGUGAUAACGAUUGUUCUGAUGGCAGUGAUGAGCUUGGCUGCCCUGAGGUGACAUGCACCAUGGCUGAGUUUAACUGCUCCUCUGGUGGCUCCUGCGUACCUAUGUCCUUUAAAUGUGACGGUGACGAAGACUGUGCAGAUGGCAGUGAUGAACAACAGUGUUCAGUGGAGCAGUGUACAGGAACUGACUUUCGCUGUAUAGGGGAUAAAAAAUGUAUUGGCCAAGUGAAAGUGUGUGAUGGUGUUUAUGAUUGCGAGGAUAAGAGUGAUGAGGCUCUCUGCCCCAGCCAGCCACACACACUGCCCCCAACAGAUCCACCAGCGGUUAUAAGAUUACCCAGUGAGGAGGAAUGUACAGAGGCUGACUUUCGAUGCAUUAUGGACAAAAAAUGCAUCGGUCAAGCAAGUGUGUGUGAUGGCGUUGAUGACUGUGAGGAUAACAGUGAUGAAGCUCACUGUCCCACCACAGUCACUGUAGCAGUGACUGAUCCACCUGCAGUCGUAACAUUACCCAGUGAUUUCCCACAGGUAGUGUGCAAGACAGGUCUGAGUCAGUGUAAGUCUGGUUCACAGUGCAUCCUUAAAAGAUGGUGGUGUGACGGUGAAACUAACUGUGAAGACAACAGUGAUGAGGACCAGUGUGACCAGGUAGAGUGCAGCGAGGAUCAGGUGAAAUGUGGGAGCAGCGGUAAAUGUCUGCCAUUAUCAUGGCUCUGUGAUGGUGCCAUAGACUGUGAUGAUGGUACUGAUGAAGUCAACUGUCCGAAGAUGAAGUGUGUGGAUCAGUUUUCUUGUACAGACAGUGGACGAUGUGUUCCAGUGUCUUGGCAGUGUGAUGGUGACCUCGACUGUCUGGAUGGUAGUGAUGAAUCUGAGUGUCCCCAGGAUAGCGUGUGCAGAUUACAGCGUGGUGAAUUUAAGUGCCAGAAUAGCUCAACUUGUCUUAACGUUAAACAAGUAUGCAACGGCUCGCCAGACUGCAGUAAUGGCGACGAUGAAGGUCCUGCUUGUGACAACUCGUGCCCAGAAAAGGAAUGUAGCCAUGGGUGUUUCACAACUCCAAAAGGAUACCAGUGUACGUGUCCUGUGAACCUCACCCUGGACCACUUCAACACCACCUGCCUGGGAGGCCUACCAUCAGCCUAUGUGUUAGUGGGAACAAGAGCAAACUUGGAGGCUUACUCCCUCGACAGUCCCAGUGAAUUUACUGUGUAUUCUGGAAAGGCCAACACUGCUUCCGGGAUAAUAGCAGUAGCAUAUGACCCGGUGGAAGCGAUGGUGUACUGGAGCAUGAAAGAGCAAGGUGGUGUGUACAGGAAGGACCUACAUGCAGCCAGACAUGCAGAGUUGAUUAUAGAAACAGAUGGAAAAGUAGUGGAGGGUUUGGCAGUGGACUGGCUGGGAAGGAAUUUGUAUAUGACGGACAGUCAACAAGGUUGUGUCUCCGUGUGUUCCCUGCGUGGCAUUGUCUGCAAGACUCUCGUCUCCAGUAGCUCCUGCAGAGCCAUCCACCUCGACCUUCAGAACAGAAAAAUGUUUUGGACUAAUUGGAAAAUUGGCGUAGUAGAAUCUGCAGACCUGGAUGGUUCUAGCAAGUCUACCCUAGUGUCUGGUCUAGGGUGGCCCAAUGCUCUAGCUGCUGACCCAUCACAGCACAAGUUGUACUGGAUGGAUGCUCUUACUAACACUGUAGAGCAUAUGAAUUAUGACGGAACCAAUCGUACAUCUCUGGUGGGUGCCAAGAUUGACCAUCCCUUCUCUAUGGAUCUUCUCGGUGAUCAACUCUACUGGUCAGACUGGUCAACAAAACAGGUAUGGAUGUGCAAUAAGAAGGAUUGUGCUACCAAGACUCCUGUAAUGAUGCCCUUAUCCAACAGACCCUUUGGGAUCAAAAUCCUCCACACAGCACUCUAUAUGAAGAUAAAGAACCCAUGUGAGAGCCACAGAUGUAGCCAUUUAUGUCUGCUGUCUGCAUCGUCUCUCCUCGGCUACACUUGUGCCUGUCCCACACACCUGAUGCUGAGCGAUGAUCAUGUCACAUGUGUAUCUGCGUCCCACACGUGACUCUCAAGCUGCCUCUAUCAACAUUAACACUCCAGCACAGGACCUUCAUACAGUGUAUAUAUACUCAAGACAGUAUGUUUGUGAGGAUGAUCCAGCCAUAAGGUUCAGUUUAUAUAAGGAAUAAUGAUGCAUUAAAACCUUCACUACUUCGAUGGCAUUGUACCGCAUUCUACAUAGUGAAGCAUUGCGAAGCGAAGUGAACCUAUCGGGUAUCCACACUUUCACAAAAAUUAACUUCAAAACAUUUUUUUCUUAAUACAAAGUUUAAAUAUAUAUAUAUUUUUUUUCAACAAGUCUGCCGUCUCCCACCAUAUUUAUAUAUGCACAUAUAUAUGCACGAGCCUGGCCCAUGGCCGGGCUCCGAGAGUAGUGAAACUCUCGAUACUCUUCAAAGGUAUACAUUAUAUAUACACACAAUAAGAUCACAGUAAACAAGUGAUAUCACAAUUUGCAGAACAACCACUGUGAAAAAACAGUGAACUUCCAAGCGCUUUCGUGAUUACCUAACAUUAUCAAGGACAGGUCCUUGAUAAUGUGUGAGAAAUCUCUUACUUGGAAGUUCAAUAUUUUUUCACAGUGGUUGUUUUAUACAUGCGCACAAUAUACGGAGUUGUCUGUUCUUUUCGUGAUGCCUCGUACGCAACAGGUACUGUUUUGCGUAUGCUGGUCUGGCUAAGUUUGUAAGGUGAUCAGUCAUAAAAUGUGAAGAGAACGAGUUUAUUGUAUUUUCUCUCUCUACCUGUUUAUGGAUUAAAUUUCUACAAUGUUUGAAAUUAAGUAAACAAGCCCAUGUUUACAAGUUGUUUGGCUGAUUGAAAAUUUUUGGAAGUAAUCGUCCAUCAUCUUCCAGAAAUUAGAAAAUAUUUUUGGGGAGUAUAAAAAAUGAGGUAAAGCCGGGGCUCAACCUAUUUGAAGAGCAUUUU